GUCUGAUACUGCGCAUCUCUCAUGAGCUUCCCGUGUCCAUGACUUCCCAAAGCCUGUUCUAACCGCGUCUGCUAAUACGUUUCUCGAGUAGACGUAUCUACGAUGAAUUCCCAAUUGGGUUCAUCUCCAAACGGACAAAUUUCACUUCCGAGCCUUCUUGACAACUUGUUGUCGGCAGUAGAAAUAGAACAAAUCAAGCAACAGUUCGAUCUCGAGUGCCGCAUAGACUCCCAGGUGCUAUGGAGUGGUGUAACACGUGAAGUAGCCCAAGCAUGGGCAGACAAAAGGAACUUGCAGACUCUAACGACAGCGAUGGGAUCGUUGAUGGAUGUUAAACACUCGUCCUGCCUCAAGCAAGUUAAGACACCAAAACAAUGGAGUCUCUAUAUAAAAGGUGCUUCGGCUCUUUUCGCGUCUCACAUAGCACGCCGAAGCUCGAAAGUUACGGUCCUCUUACCGCCUCCUCCAGAAAUGCUGAAUCCGACCGGCCAUACAAACUACCAACUUGUUGAGGAACCCAUUAUCAAGGGUUUGAUUGGUGGGUACUCUGUCGGAUGUAUUGAGCUGGUCCAUCCGAUGGUUAAAGGAGCUGAAGAGUUCAGAUAUGAAACCUGGCCAAUCAAUAGAGAGGAUUGCUGGAGCAGAAGGUUCCCACUUACGAUGGCAUACCGGAUUUCUUGGAGACCGGUCAAAAUGACAUCGGAGAUACGAAAGAUUGUGGCCAUUAUCACUGUUGCCAAAGAGGCCAGUUUUCACUCUGAUCAUAUUCCAAGCCCCUCGUACCAGGAGCAGUCUUCUGUGGAAAGCAUCUCUGGUAUCAUUCUAGAGGAGAUGAAGCUAGCAGUCUCUCAACCUCAGGAUACAGAUCAAGGAUUGAAGGCGAACACCAGGGAUCUUAAAGCGCAAAGGAAGAGAGCCAAUGAGAAAAUGGCACAGGAGGCAAGAAGGGCGAAGGCUUUGAGGAAGAAAGCUCAAGAAAAGAUGGAUGAGAAGGCAAGAGAAGCGAAAUUGGAAAGUAAAAAAGCUCAGGAAAAGAUUGUGAUGAAGGCCAAGGAAGCAAAAUUAGAAAAGAAGAGAGCACACGAAGAGAUGGAGAAGAGGGCCAGAGAAGCGAAAUUAGAAAGAAAGAGAGCACACGAAGAGAUGGUGAAGAAGGCCAGAGAAGUGAAAUUGAAAAAAAAGAGAGCACACGAGAAGAUGGAGAAGAGGGCCAGAGAAGUGAAACUGCAGAACAGGGAAGCCUAUGAGAAAAUGAUGCACGAAAGGAUAGAGACACUAAGCAGUUAUCUCGGUUGCUUUGGCAUCAAUUGAGAGACUAGCUAUGACAGACGAGAAUGCUCAGACUCGGGCCCUUCGGAAAGUAUGGAGUCGAGAGUCUAACCCCUUAUAAUUGAAUUCGGC